GUUUUCUAAUGAACAAGAUCAUUGGACAGUUCUCAGAUAAUGGCCAUACAUUUGAUUAGCUUUACACAACAUCCGUAGAUCAAAAGUCGUCUGCUCAUGUCCGCCAUUUUUUUUUCAUUAAGUUGGUUUUAUCUUUCUGAGGAGAUUAUCAUUUAGAUUUCUUUUAAUUUUCAACAAUGGACGUAAGACUUGUAUGAAAUGAAUUAAGAAACAAGGCAAAAUAUCCGAUGGACCAUAUGCUGAAUAGCGAAAUGGUUUCUUUGAAUUAUGUGGAGGUUCUCUGUGUGUAUUGGGAGUAUCAUGUUCUUUUGGAGCAAAUGUUGCUGCAACUUAAGAAAUAACAACAACCAAAACUGGAGACUCAUAUUGAUCCUCUCCUGCGUGUUCCAGGCAAUGGCAUCGAAUACUCAGUUAAGGGACGUAACCAGUGAAACAGUUUGGACAAAUUUGACAUCAUGGACUGAGUCCCCUUCAUUGAAUUUGUCGUCAAGGGCUUCUCUUUUAGUAACCGUCGGAAGAACAUCCAGCCAAGAUGCUGCAAACUCAGAAAUUCGUGUUCCUCCGGAACUUUCUUCCCCUGGCGCUCAAUAUACGGACGUAGCAGACGUCUCUCAUUUUCAAACGAUCGUCUCAUCUCCGUCUUUGGUCGAAGCUUCCUACGUCUCAAUAUUCCCUAGCUUUAGUUUAACACCGGUCUUCCAAAGCGAGACAGGUCAACCUGAGAAGAUACUCACAUCACAUCUGUAUCAUUCGUUAUCGAAUCAAGUCAUACAAACAACUCCUUUAAAUUCUCCGAACACAUUGCUCACGUCUCCAUACAAAUCCUCAGAGUCUACGAGUCUAGUUAAGGCGAGUCCAAACAUUCACAACCCCGUCUUUCUGGAGACACUCGCUCUUAUGCAUUUCAAUCCAACAAAAACUUCGCAAUUGCUUGAUAGCUCGAACUCAGUGUCUCAAAAUUAUUGGAAGAUAACACCCUCGAGAGAUAUCGAUUUGCAAGCGUCUCCCACUGAGAGCUGGAGUCUGGAACCGAGCAAAGAUCACCAACGUUUCAUCCAUUAUAUCAGCUCUACGCAUGAGCUUAUAGAGAUCACACAUACCAAACGUCUAUCAAAUGACAUUUCUCACAAUGAAGGCAUUAUGUCUCAAAGUCUACUCGUUUCGACCCAGAGCACAUGGAGUCUGGAAUCAUCUACGGUUAUUCCUACACACACGCCAGGGGUUUUCUCAGGGCUUCUUACAUUUCCAGACGGUGGAGGAACAGGGUCUCUGACAGGGAUAAUGUCUAUGCUGUCAUCAAAACAGCAGGAUGCUCCAACAAACUCAGCAAGAAGCCCGCGACCAGUGACGUCAAACGGUGCUGCUGCAAAUAGAACAAAUGAUCUUGUUCGUCUGGAAGAAAAUGAGUGGGCUGUACCCGUGGUUGCUGUUCUUGCUAGUACAACACUGGUCACUAUUGUAGUGCUGAUGAUUGUUUGUGCACGUCAGUACAGAGCUACACGAGUCAGCAGACGCAACGUGCCUGAAGAUGAGGAGACCGGAACCACUAGCUAUCACCAGCAUCAUCUCCCGCAGAAGUCAAGACAAGAGUAUGACACACGCUUCGUCCCGAGUGGCCUUGAAAAUGAUCAGGUCCUGCCCCCCUUUGACAGAGUAGACACUCCGACAUCCUCGCGGCUCCCAGGGAAUCGUUACGGUAGAAAACCUUGGUCAAACCUCCCAAGAAAUGAGUCGCGUGAAUACUUUGAAAUGUUUGAUCUGGAGAAAAGUGGACAGAGCAAACUCUCCAGCAUGGACAGUGUAGACAACGGGGAGGAAUGGACCACAAAGUAUGUGCAAGAAACCAGACUGUAUGACUACGGAAUAGGUGACCUAAGAAAUCAAAACAAUAAUCUAACGCUUGGCGAACAAAGCAAGAAAUUUCAGUCAGGUUUAGGGAUAUCCCCCAGAACACCAAGAAGAGAUGAAUCACCUGUUUUUGGAACUGCGAAAAGAUUUUCUAAACAGUCGGCUGCUUUGAGCUUUGAAGAGGUUCGCUGGAGUGAUGUCCAGCUUAGGCAGCAGAAGGUGAACACCAUACCACCUGUCAAGCCAAAACGAGUCUUCACCUUUGAUAAGCUGCAGGUGCCAUAUUCUCCAUCCAGGCAGCGUUUAGCUGGCUUAGUCAGCAGAGGCUUUAUCUCAGAUGUAAAUAACCAAGGUUUUUCCUCAAGUAUUGAUAACCAAGGCUUUUCCUCGGAUUUUGAGUCUGAGAGAUCUCACUCUAAACAUCAUAAGGAGGAAGGUGACGACAAUGUUGAAGGUCACAUCCAGAGUCGCUUAAAAGGCAACAAUUAUAAUCAGAAACUUCCCAUUUCACCGGAUGUUCAAAUGAGGAACAUGUACGGUGUUGACGACAGGCGGCACCGAAUAUUAAAAUGCGCGAGUUACGAUGAAUCAAAAUUGCAAGUUGAAUCAAGGCAGCCGUUGUACAAAAACACUCCCACAAGAAAGAUCAGCACCGUGUCUGAACCUGCUAGAGAACUUCUUGACAUCCCAGAAUCGAGCAUUGCGAAAAGCAAGUGGAUGUAUCCGAGCGUGGAUAAUCUUGAUCAAAUUGAUAGUCCUUACCAUUCUGACGAACAUGUAAAUAUUGUCUACUCAGGAAGCGAACAAAGCAACACUUUUGUAACUCUUCAAACUGGAGAUUUCAGUUCAACUGUUCAAGAAAACAAAAGCACUGGAAACGUUUUCUUUAUAAAAUCAGAGGAUAAUAAGAAAUCCCAUAUGGAAACAUCACAAACAGAUUUAGGCGCCAAAAAGUCUAAACCAGAUUUUAUCUUCCCCAUUAUUAGCAAAGCCAGUAAGAAAAUUCUAGAAGUCAGAAACAGUCGAAAGUUGGAAAAUGCCAAAACUUUUGAAACACAUAGUCAAGAGAAUCCCAGUAGUCGAAGGUUGUCUUCUCUGUCAGAUGAAGACGUCUCAAAGGUAGAGAAUGUGAAAACUGUUGGCUCGGCCUCACCAUGCUCUGUCAGCCAAAGUGUGCCCAAAAUUAUUCUGACCAAUGAAUCAGAAGAGGACGAAGGAGACAUUGUUCAAGGUCAAGGGAAAAUGUCAAAACUGAAGACGGCUCGAGGGGUUCGUCGAAUAGCCAGAGCAAACAAUCCGUUUUUAAUUGAAAUCGACCAGUCCAGUUCGAUUAAGUCAGAAAAGUUUAGAAGGGCCAGCGCACCUAGCAUGCCUAGUAACGUCGAUCCUAAUGUCCACCUUGUUGUCAGUCAAGGUCUGACAAGGUCGUCUUCCAGUGAGCUUCUUAGAGCCCCCAUGCUUGCGGCAGACGUCUCUCGUACAACUAGCUCGUGGUCAGAACUGUACAAUCUUGUCACUCACUCUCCAGAACACGAUUCAGAACAACGAGAGAGAGUGAAGAAAAUGAUAGACGAUAGAUACGAAGCACUGUUUGGAAAUAAAACUCCAGGCUACGCCUUGGCCGAUCGAUUAGAAGGUCGCGACCUUUGGUCCCCGCGAAUAGCUAAAAGAAGACAUAUUGCCAAAAGCAAGGCGGCGUCCUUGGAGCGAGAUAGCAGCCUAACGCACAUAGAGGAAAAAGAUAGUGAAACCGGAAACUACCCGUCAGUCCUAGCGUCAGAUCGUCGUCGCCAUUCUGACGAGCCGUGGCGACCCCGAGAAGAUGUACCUAGAAUUUCAAGCUUAUCGGAAGGAAAUUCCAGCACAAGAAAAAUGUUAACCCAUGGUACUGACGGCUGCGAUCAUCUUCAAAGUCUGUCGGCUAAUUUUGAUGAUGAUAGCAUUCAUUUUGAUCGUAGUUCAAAAAUGAAAGACUUUUCUGACAUGGACAUCGCCAGAACUAGAAACAAGGGACAGCAAACUAUGUCUCUAAAUAAAGACAAAAUUAAUUUGUCAAAAACAGUCAUUGAUGCAGAAGUAUCUGAUUCUGAAGACGGCGCCCGGAAGUCUAGAGAAAAUAAUGAAAUCCACGGAGACAUUGGUCAGAACUCAAAACGAGACCAGUCGCUAAUAAUUUCAAAUCAGGCACAUUUUGUGAAAGUCUCAGAAGCAACUUUAACAGAAGGUCGUAAAGCUGAAGCCCAAGUUAAAAGGUUAGAAAAGUUCGACUCGUCUAAGAAAGAAUUACCAAAAGACCAAGAAUCCGACGAAAAUAGAAACACUCAAAAGGAUUUAUGUUCGUUUGAUUAUUUACACAACACAAACCAACCCAAAAAUGAAAAGUCAUCUUUGGUUCCUAGAACCCCAGAAGGAUCAACACAUCGUUUCUCUGCUAGUUCAUCCCCGGAGUCACUGGAAACUAAUUAUCUACCUACUAUCCAUGAGCCUGAAUUGUUGGGUUUAGGAUUUGGCGAAUAUGCUGAUAAAAUUGUUGAAAGCAAUGAAAACACUAAAACUGUUUCCAAAACAGCCACCAGAGACAUAUCGGAAAAUGCACACGCAAUUAUUCAUAGCGGGCAAAGAAAGGCAACUUUGCAAAACCAGAAUCAAAAUGAUGACCAACUGUCUCCCUUUAGAAUACAAAGCGCUAUUUCAAGCAAUGCUCCCAACAGUAUUCAUGAGCAGACUGCAUCGCCUCCAUCAAAACUCAGGAAAUCGAAAGUAGCAGACGACGAGUUUGUACAAAUGUUAAAAACAGAGGAAAGGCCAUAUUUCUCGGAUGGCCUGCACGAUUCUCUCCCCUCGUCCAAAGACACUUCAUUCAUAGAUUUCGACACUUCUGGAGAGGACAAUCAGGAAGUCGACUAUGAUGUGAAUUACUUUGAUUCCCUGCUUUCGUCUAGUGUAUAACGCUGUGUUCACCUGUUGGUUUACUUAAAAGGCUUAGAGCAGCAUUCGAGUAAUGAUUAAUAGUAUCAUACCACUAUUUAUCUUAUUUUAAUGUUAUAUUAUGACAUAUUACUUUUUUUUGUAAUACAAUUCUUCUAUGGAAA